CAAAUCCAGGUAAUUUUGCCAGGAAAUUUGAAAAGUUUCAUUAAACUUUAAUCAAAUCAGUGGGUUGAUUAAUUUAAAUUGAGAUGAUUUUUUUAAUAUUAUCCUGGAAACCAUGCAGAGCAAAACAACGAAAACAUGAAUGUUCUCGGAAAACCAGCAAACAAAGACAAUUCCCGGAUAGCCUGUAAGAAAUGUGGCUACGUGGGCCACCUUACAUUCCAGUGCCGUAAUUUCCUUCAAAUCGACCCGGAAAAGAAUGUCACACUAGACAUAAGCAGUACUAGUAGCGAAAGUAGUGAGAAUGAGUAUGAGACCCCACUCAAACAAGUUGCAGAAAAGAAGAAUAAAAAUGAAAAGAAGAAUUCAAGGCACAGGUCAAGAGAGAAACACAAGAAAAAGAAACAGAAGAAAGAACACAGUAGAAGACGCUCGCGUUCCCGUAGUCCACAUUCCUCUGAAAGUUCAACCGAUGAAGAUAGUGAUUCAGCUGAAGACCGUAGGUCACAUCGUAGACACAAGAAAUCCAAGCACAAGAACAAAGACAAAAAGAAAAGUAAAAGACACAAACAUAAGAGGAAAUAUUCAGACAGUGAAUAGAAAAUUGAAUGCUGCCCUCAACGUUUAAAAUUCCAAUCUAAAUAUACAUUCUCUUCUGUAUUUACGAAGUCCUCUUUUGUUAACCUUUUUAUAAAAUUUGUGUAUAAUUGUAAGGAGUAUUGUGAACAUUGAUUUGUUUGUUGUUCAUUUAUAAAUUUUUUCUACAUACUGUAAUUGACGAUAACAGUCCUAGGGGUCAGUGGCGUAUCAAGGAGUUUUGAAAUGGGGGUGCUGAUGGGGGCGUGAAGGUGAAGUGGGGGGGGGGGCUCCAUGACCAGUUGAGGGGCACUAAUUCACAAAAUAAGGUGAUUUUUAACUACUUGACUUGUGAUUUUGGGUGGGGAUGACUAGGGGAUCGAGUAAUAUUUACCCCCGCGCAUCCCCCUAGAUACGCCACUGUUAGGGGUGAAUCCAAGAUUUUGAAAGACAGGAAAGGGAACAAUAUUUUAUAUACUACAGUACAGUACU